AUGCUCUCUGCGUGGCAGCUGCCACCGGUUGCCCUCAGGUCCACAUCGGGCGCCUUCAAUGAUUUAUCUGACCAGAUCGCCAAGGCGGUAGGCCGACUUGGGGAACCCGCUCACCUGGACUCCACCUUUGAAGCCUUAUGGGCGGCUAUAGACGAGAGGGUAGUCGAUGCCCUAUGGCUGGUGCCGCGGCACCCUGCCAUUGACGCGCGCAUGCCGCCGCUGCAGCCAAACGGGACCUGGACGGCGGCCAGCUGCGCCAUUGCAUCCAAACUCCCCUGCCGACCCUUUUGCAUGACCCAGAGCGUGCGAGAGGCCAAGCCCAUCUCGGUCUGCUGGCGCUUGCUACAGUACAAUGCCCUCUCACUCAAGGCCCCAGGUGCCCUGGAGUUGAUUGAGAAAGGCCUGAACAAGGCAAGGGUCGAUAUCGCUGGGAUCCAAGAAACUGGACUCCACAGGGACGGCAUCUCUACCACGGGUGCAUUCUGGGUCCUGAGCGGUUCCUGUUCAGAUUCGGGCCAAGGGGGCACACAGAUCUGGGUCAGAAAAACAGAUCGAUGGGACCCUAAGGCCUUCUCAAUCCUGCAUUGCGAGCCGCAGAUCUUGAUUGUCUUGGGGCAGUACCAAGAGGCCCGCGUCCUCUUGGUGUCCGCACAUGCAAUGACGGCGACGACCCCUGCAGACAAACUCCAGGACUGGUGGCAACAUUUGGGGGUCGUGCUACACCGCACUCCCUCCAAAUGCCUCCCAAUCUUCUUCUUGGACGCUAAUGCUACAUUCCAGAGACACCCCGAUGAUCCCGACACCCUGGCUGCCCAACCGGCAUAUCCCGAUGGAGAGCCGGUGGUCACCUGGAUCAGUCCGGCUGGAGUCAAGAAGGCCAUUGACUACAUCGCCUUCCCCACCGCUUGGCAAUCCUGCUGCACCCUGCUGCAAUCGCCGAAGCUUGGCGACCUAUACGAGGACAUCGACCACCAGCCGCUCCUCCUGCGGAUCGAGCUCACGCUGGAUGGGUCUCCCAGGGGCCAGCGGUGUACGAUAGAUCCACGCCUUUGGCAGGACGAUGGCGCCAGCGCACUGGUCACCACAGCAGCCAUCACCUGUCCUGUCGUCCAAUGGUCUGAACAAGGUGUACCCGACGUGCACAGAGUGUGGCUGACAGAGCUUACCUGGAAGCAGCUACGCGCCGCACUCUGGGCGGACAGGGCCGACUUCACACGGCGCAUGCUGCAGCAAGCCCGAUCGGAUGGGCCAGCCGCUUUCGCCCACAGACUGCGGGCUAUCCUCCGAACGGGUCGCCGCUACAAGCCGUUUGCCUUGCUGCCGAGCCUCUCGGAUGUCCAGGCCCCGGCGGCCCCACUCCGCGGACAGUCCAUCGUUCUCCUGGAAUGUGACAAUAAAGCCUGCCAGACUGCCCACCGGGACAGCUUGCUCAGCCUCCUGCCCACUUUGGGCACUGCCGAUCAGUUUGGCGGCAGGCCAGGGGUUCCCCUCAGCCACCCGGCCUCCUUUGUCAAGGCGCACCUUCUCCAGCUCCGCCGCACCGGGGCGUCGGGGGCCAUCCUGUUCAUAGACGCCACUGCAGCCUACUACACCAUCACCAGAGAUUUCCUGUCCCUCACGAAGCAGCAGCGCUGCGAUGAUGCAUUCCUCCGCCGCCGGGCAGCCAUGCUCUUCACUGAGCCCGACUUACAGGAGCGAUUUGUGGCAAUGGCUCGUGAGGACAUGGCUGCCGCCGCUUUUGCCGACCAUGAGGAGCUGCGGAUCUACGUCCAAAAGCAGCUUGAGCUUACCUGGUAUGUCAGUCGCCAUGAUGCGGACUCCGCCUUCGUCGCGGGAAGUGGCACGGUUCCUGGAGCGCCACUUGCGGACCUCCUUUUCUCCAUCAUCUUCGGGGGCAUACUCCGCCGCACCAGGGAGUUCCUCAUCUCAGCAGGAUACCAUGCCAGCCUUACCCGCGCUGAUGCCUCCAAGCCUGGCUUUACGCCGACUUGGGCGGACGACGUGAGUAUCCUGGUGCGAACGACGGCUGCCAGCCAGGUUACCACUGCCGUGUCCCAGGCCAUGGAGUUCUUCACCGAAGAGCUGCUGGCGGCAGGCAUGAGCGCCAACCAUGGGAUGGGGAAAACCGAGGCGUUGGUGGCCCUACACGGGGCAGGGUCCAGACAGGCCCGACGUGAUCUGCUGGGCACCGAGUCACCGCAGAUAGAGUUUGCCACACGCCAUGGCCCCGCUCAUAUUCGCCUGGUCCAGACCUACCCUUAUCUAGGGUUUCUGGCACAAGCCGACAAUCAAGCUCUGCCAGACAUACUCCGGCGAAAAAGCCUGGCACGUGAGGUAUAUCUGCCGGUGAGGAUCUUGCGCAAUCCGGCGCUUAGCUUCUCCGAAAAGCAGCUGGUGCUAAAAAGCCGCGUGAUCAGCCGAUUUUUGUAUGGCUCGGGGCUAUGGACCAUACGGACUCGGAGGGAAUCCGAUGCGGUGGCCGAGGCUCUCCACAGCUUCUACAGAGGCGCGUUCCAGCCGCUGGUCGGCAUCUCGAGCCGGGGCUACUCUAGCCUUGAAAUUGCCGGCAUCCUGGAGCUUCCUCUUCCGGAGGAGCUCCUUCACGUCGAGCGGACUCGGGUUAUCUGUCAGCUCGCCAGAGCAGCUCACCAUGACGUCCUGACGGAGUUCCACCUGGACUCCACAUGGUGGUCGGAUGCCUGCACUGCCCUACAGGCUGUCGGUAUCCACAAGGCAAGCACUGAUGACUUUGCGGAAAUCAUCCGCUCUGCCAGCAUGGAUAAUGCCAAGGUGAAGGCGGCCUGCAGGCGCUACCUUGCCACAGCCGUUCAGGGACGAGCCGUUGACCGCACAACUCUCCGACAAAGGCCACCCUGCGAGGGUGUCGAGGUGACGGCGGCCAGCAGCACCCUCCUGCCCUGGCACUGCGACCACUGCCAAUGUGCUUUCUCUACCCACAAGGCUGUGGGAGCGCAUAGAGCGCAUAAGCACGGGAUCCGAUCCCUCCCAGCGGCUUGCGCAGUGGGCUCGCGUUGUGAAGUAUGUUGUGUAGAAUUUUGGACGCGGGCUAGAUUAGCCCAGCAUCUGAAAACACAGGCACGGUGCCGUCACAUUUACGACCAUGCAGACAUUCGUGAUACACCUGCCAAGUGUGAAACGGGGGCACAUGCUUGGAGACCAAGCAUGGUGACCGCCGGUCCACGCCCAUGGUGGACGAUGCUGACGCCAGCACAGGACGGCUGA